AUGACGAACGAAAGUAAAACGAUGGAACAGAAAAGAGUCAUUAAGAGCGUGGAUAUGUCGCAAGAGCUUCAGGACUACGUGUUUGACAAGAUUGCUGAACUAUCAAAGGAUGGUGAAAAGCCUGAAAAAGAAGUUGCUUCAUUGUUGAAAAAAGACCUUGAUGAGAACCAGGGGCAUGUUUGGCACGUUAUAGUUGGUACCGACUUUGGCAGUUACAUCACUCACGAAGCUGGAAAGUUCAUUUAUUUCUAUAUUGGAGAAAGGGCAUACAUGGUGUUCAAGACAGGUUGA